AUGCUUGGAAGUAUAAGGCAUGAGCUAUGGAUGUACAUCUUCUAUGCAAUUAUUUUAGCUUUACAAACGACGGAAAGUGCGAUACUCGACUCGCGUUGCUACCUCGAGGGUGGCGGCUCGGCAGAGAGCUUUCUGGCAACAGAAGACCUCGCAGUCGGCUCUGUUAUUGGCAAGUUGCGUAUUAACGGUAAUGCCAACGAUAACGGCGAUAUCCAUUUGUCACUGCGCGAGAAAGAUUCGCCCGUGGAGAUCAAUUUGGCCACAAAGGAGUUGGUGCUAUCAGUUGAGCUCGACAAGGAAGGCUUACGGGGGCCGUCGUCGAUUUAUGUGAAUGUUAUAUGCACGAGAAGACAUUCAACGGAUCCGAGUUUCGUCAUCCCCGUGAAUGUGCGCGUUACAGACGUUAAUGACAAUGCGCCACAAUGGAUUGGAACACCCUACACUCUUACUUUGUCGGAGGUAACGGUGCCGGGCACACGAAUAUUACAGGGUGCACAUGCGGAGGAUGCGGAUCAGCCGGGGCCCUUCUCUACUGUUGAGUAUCAAGUAUUGCCGGGUCCGUAUGCCGAAUAUGUACAGUUCCUUAAUCCCCUGGAGGGCACUCUUGUGCUAAAGAAACCCCUCGAUUACGAGACUAUGAAGAACUUUACGGUGAAUUUGCGAGUGCAAGAUCAGGGUGUGCCUCCGCGAUACUCCGAUACGCUGCUGCGCGUGGUCAUAACCGAUGCUGAUGACCAGAAUCCCAGAUUUCAGCGCGAGAGCUACAGCGGUGAACUGCCCUUAGAUGGGCGGCCCGGAGAACUGCGAAUACGGCCAGAGCCUAUUAAGGCCGUUGAUCAAGAUGAGGGUAUUUGUGCGCCCAUACAGUACACAAUUGUUCAGUCGCAGGAUGCAAAAUAUUUUCGCAUCCAUCCACACAACGGUGUCAUCACACUCCUAACCCCAAUAGGCUAUACGGAUCUUAACCACGGCGCCACGUUGGUGGUGAAGGCAACUCAGAUCGAUAACCCGGACCGCUAUGCAUUAGCUACUGUCCAGUUAACCCGACCGGGCACUCAUAGCGACAUGAGCGCCCUUUCUUUUGUCCAAAAGCGAUUUGUUAUGCGGAUUCGGGAGGACACAGCCGUGGGAAAUCGUAUACUGGCCUUGCCUACAAACAAGCCGGGAAAGCAUUUAAAAUACAUCAUACCGGAUCCGGUCAAUUCACAAUUUUUUAAUGUGGGCUCACUGGGAGAAGUGGUGCUUGCGAAGCCUCUGGACUAUGAGAAGAUGACAAAGCACGAGUUCCAAGUUAUGGCUACUGAUGGUAUGUCCAACAGCACGGCAGAGCUCACGUUGGAGGUGAUCGAUGUGAAUGACUGGGAGCCGCGCUUUCGGGAAACCCACUAUGAAUUCGUAGUACCCAAGAAGUUGGUACAGUCGCCUACGGAUACCUUUGAGGGCGUCAUGAUCGGCAAAGUGGAGGCGGCCGAUGGCGAUCGAAAUGACAAAUUGGAGCUGUCGUUGAGGGGCCAACACGCUGGAAUAUUCGAAAUCGACGCAAUGGGUAACAUCUACAUGAGGGCGGAGCAGUUGCAGAACCUUAACGAGUCCACAGUCCACUUGAUUGCCAUUGCCACGGAUACUGGAGUGCCUCCGCGCAGCACGUCUGUUCCUGUUACCGUUACUAUGGAAGGUUUGACAUUAGCGCAAUCAUCGUGGAUGUGGAACAAGAGCAUGCUUGGUAUGUUCGGCAUGAUCGUUGGCCUCUUUCUGAUGAUUAUUGUUGCACUAAGCUGCUACAUUGUGCGCACCAAGAAGCAGCGCAAGACCAGCCCCGCAGUUGGCCGGAAUCGGGUGCACAGCCAAGUCUCUUCGGCCAAUCUGAUGACGCAUGAGAAGUUGUCCGGAAACGGCGUCACAGUUAGCAGCGGAGGAGUUUCUGUUCUUCACAUGAAGCACGGCGGCAACGUUACUAUGUCCAGUCCCAUGAACAAUGGACUCCAUCAUGUGGCCUCUGGAGCGAGUAGCAGUAUGACGUUGGGGGAACGCGAUCGCCAACGGGAGAGCUACGCGGCGACUGUACGCAGCAUUGUUUCACGUGCUUCCGCAAAUGGACAACUCUUUGAGGAGGACGAAAUCGAGCAUGAUUCGCUUUCCCAACAGGGACAGAUAACGCCGGAAAAUAACAAUAAGAAGGCAUCCGCAUGGCAGGCGCAAGCCGAUUGUGGUCCUGCUGUCGUCACAACAUCCUCAGCAAAUAACAACUCCAAUCUUCUGGCAGCCACUGAUGCUAUGGGCUCGUCAGAGAAUAAUUUAACAGUUUACUUCUAA